UCACGUAAGCGGUCGACCAAGAAGCAUGGCGGAGUAUUUGAGUCGAGAUGGCGCUAACAUAACAAUUGCACAUGGUUCACACGCUCGCAUUUCGAGUUUGCAACCUGUUCAAGUUGUUUGAACAUCAUGGCAAACACAAGGCGAAGAGUAAAGUUAUAUGUGAUGAACGAAGAUCGUCAAUGGGACGAUAAAGGAACCGGUUACGUCUCUUCGUCUUACGUUGAGUUACAUCAAGGAAUAGCUUUGCUUGUUCGUUCGGAAGAAGAUGGCAAGACUCUUCUCGAAUCAAAGAUUCAUCCCAACACGGCCUAUCAAAAGCAGCAGGACACAUUGAUUGUGUGGGCAGAGGCUGACAACUACGAUUUGGCAUUGAGCUUUCAAGAAAAAGUUGGCUGUGAUGAAAUUUGGGAGAAGAUUUGCAAUGUUCAGGGAAAGGACCCGUCAGUGACUCUUACGCAAGAUAUUUGUGAGGAGAAUGACUUUGAAGAAAAGUUUGAAGAUAUACCAGAUGCAGGCCCUAUUGACCUUCCACCAUGUGAGUUAAGUCGACUUGCUGAAAUCUCGGCACUCUUCUCUGGCGUACUUCCCUCACCGAUACGCCGUGAGAAAUUGACACUGGCUAUUGAACAGGAAGGUUAUAUUAAACAACUUAUGCAAUUGUUUCACAUGUGUGAAGAUCUUGAAAACACUGAAGGCCUUCAUCAUCUCUUUGAGAUUACCAAAACAUUAUUUCUUUUUGAUAAAAACUUUUUAUACGACACCAUGUUCAGUGAAGGGAUCAUCAUGGAUAUUUUGGGAAGUCUUGAGUAUGAUCCGACAAAGAGAGAACCUCAGAGGUAUCGAAGGUUUUUGAAAGAGAACGUACACUUUCGUGAGAUUGUUCCCAUAAAAAACAAAGAACUUUUAUCAAAGAUUCAUCAGACAUAUCAUGUACAAUAUAUUAUGGACAUUGUGUUGCCAACGCCAACUGUGUUUGAGGAAAACAUGUUACCAAGCUUGAAUGCAUUUUUAAUUUUUAGCAAGAUUGAGAUAGUAAAUAUAGUUCAGGAAGAAAUUGAAUUGCUUCAAGAUUUCUUUGUUAAUCUUUGUAAUGAGGAAAUGCCAUUAGAGAAAAGACGUCAAUUGGCUCAGUUUCUCAAGGAGUUAUGCACCCUUGCUCAGCCAAUGCAGCAUGUCAGUAGAGAAGAGUUCUUUAAGUCCCUGACAAACCACAACCUUAUUUUGUCAUUGGAAUUAUUACUGGCUAUAGAUGAUGCUACGAUCCGGUCUAUUGCCGUUGAUGUUUUUGCACAAUUAUGCGAAGUACGUCCAUCUUCUGUUAGAGAAUUUGUUCUCAUGAGAUCGAAGGUCCAGUCUGAAGAUGACUCAAUGCUACUGAACCAAAUCAUUUAUCAAAUGAUUUCUGAAGGCGACUCAGGCAUCGCUAUUCAACUGUCGCAAGUCAUUCGUCUGUUGUUGGAUCCAGAAAAUAUGGCAUUGACUGCCAAUAAAACAGAAAAGACGGAGUUUUUAGGUUAUUUUUACAAGCACUGUAUGCAUAUUCUAGUUGCACCAUUGUUGGCAGUUACUGCUGAUGGUAAUAUCGCAAAACUUGACUAUAACAUGGCCGUCAAUCUCGGGUUGAUUCUCGAGAUCUCCACGUUUUGCGUGGAACAUCACACAUAUCACAUCAAGAAUUACGUCAUUAGUAAAGAUCUUCUAAGAAGAAUUCUCGUUUUAAUGAAAAGUGAACACAAAUUUUUAGUUUUAGGAGCCUUACGUUGCUGUCGACGCAUUGUUGGUCUCAAGGAUGAAUUUUAUAACCGUUAUAUUAUUAAAGGAAAAUUAUUUGAUGCCAUUGUAGAAAGCUUUAGCAUGAAUGAAAAUCGCUACAACCUCUUGAACUCGGCUACGGUGGAACUCUUCGAGUUCAUAAGACAAGAGGACAUCAAAUCGUUGUGUUCAUACGUCUGCAAAGAGUAUGGUGCUACGUUUAAGACUGUUGAUUACGUCAACACAUUUAAAGGAUUAUUUUUGAAAGUUGAACAAGAAAUUGACAGAGUGAAACGGAAGGAAGAAGAAGCAACAGAACAACAAGACAGAACGCCACGCGGGAUUAUCCACGUUAGUUCAAGGUUUCGUCGCGAUCCACGCGCACUGGAAGAAGAAGAGGAGUCCUGGUUUGAUCGGGAUGAUGAUGAAGAUGAGCAAAAAAGUGAAGUCGUUACAUCUCCUGAAGAUGACUUUAAAUCGUACAGUAAUUUUAAAAAGAAAACGGAAAUCGUUUCAAACAAGAUUGUUGGAUUGGUUGAUUAUCCCGAUGAUGACGACGACGACGAUGACGUCACAUCAUCACAGGCCAAGCGUCCCCGCCUUGGUCCUACUUGAUCUGCGUGGAUAAAAAGGAGUGAUACAAACUUGGUUUGUCGGUACUUUUCUUUCAACCCGCUUGUAGCAAUAGGGAUUUCCCCGGGUAACGAUAGAUGAGAGAUUUUAUUCGCUAUUGCUCCAGAGUUCGGGUUUUUCUAGGAUAUUUAUAACUGUUUAUCUGUAUAUAUAUAUUCUUAUAUAUUGACGGCAUAUUGAAACUUUCACUCAAACGUAAUGAACUGGAUGAGUCCAUACUCUGAGGAGGACUGGAAUAGAUUUGUAACAAAGAGUUUUUUCGAUAAGCGUGAGCUGAGUCAAUCAUUAA